CGCUCGGCUAGGCGGAGGAUCGACGCGCUCGGCGCUCGCGGCGUGCGGAAGUGCGGCCCUACGGCUGGCUGCGGCGGCCCGGAGCUGGGGCGGGUCGGCGGGGACCUGAUGCUGGCUGCAGACAGUGGACGCUGGAGGUUGUUUCUAUAACCUGAUCACGUGUUUGCUGCAUAAAGCACAAUGUCUCGAUCUCGACAGCCCCCACUUGUGACAGGCAUCUCUCCGAAUGAAGGGAUACCUUGGACCAAGGUCACAAUUAGAGGGGAGAACCUGGGUACUGGUCCCACUGACCUUAUAGGCUUGACAAUUUGUGGACAUAAUUGCCUCCUCACGGCAGAAUGGAUGUCUGCAAGUAAAAUUGUGUGUCGAGUGGGGCAAGCCAAAAAUGACAAAGGAGACAUUAUUGUCACGACCAAGUCAGGGGGCAAAGGAACCUCAACAGUAUCUUUUAAGCUACUCAAACCUGAAAAAAUAGGCAUUUUAGAUCAGUCUGCAGUGUGGGUGGAUGAAAUGAAUUAUUAUGAUAUGAGGACUGACAGGAAUAAAGGGAUUCCUCCCUUGUCUCUCCGUCCUGCGAAUCCACUUGGCAUUGAAAUUGAAAAAAGUAAACUUCCUCAGAAGGAAUUAGAAAUGUUGUUCCAUGGCAUGAGUGCUGAUUUUACAAGUGAGAAUUUUUCAGCCGCCUGGUAUCUCAUAGAGAAUCACUCCACCACCAGUUUUGAACAGCUCAAGAUGGCAGUCACCAACCUCAAAAGGCAGGCCAAUAAGAAGAGUGAGGGCAGUCUGGCCUAUGUGAAGGGUGGCCUCAGUACCUUCUUUGAAGCUCAAGAUGCUCUCUCAGCUAUCCAUCAAAAGCUAGAAGCAGAUGGAACAGAAAAAGUGGAAGGAUCCAUGACACAGAAGUUGGAGAAUGUCCUCAACAGAGCAAGUAAUACUGCUGACACAUUAUUUCAAGAAGUGUUAGGUCGAAAAGACAAGGCCGAUUCCACUAGGAAUGCACUCAAUGUGCUUCAGCGGUUUAAAUUUCUCUUCAACCUUCCUCUCAAUAUUAAACGGAAUAUUCAAAAGGGCGAUUAUGAUGUGGUUAUUAAUGAUUAUGAAAAAGCCAAGUCACUCUUUGGGAAAACAGAGGUGCAAGUUUUCAAGAAAUAUUAUGCUGAAGUAGAAGCAGGAAUUGAAGAUCUAAGAGAAUUACUUCUAAAGAAACUGCUUGAGACUCCAUCAACUUUACAUGACCAAAAGCGUUACAUAAGGUAUCUCUCUGACCUCCAUGCCCCUGGGGACCCUGCUUGGCAGUGUAUCGGAGCGCAGCACAAAUGGACCCUCAAACUCAUGCAAGACUGCAAAGAGGGCCACAUGAAGAGCCUAAAAGGUAACCCAGGCCCACACAGCCCCAUGCUGGACCUGGAUAAUGAUGUUCGCCCCUCGGUGUUGGGUCAUCUCAGCCAGACUGCAUCACUGAAGAGAGGUAGCAGCUUUCAGUCCGGUCGGGAUGACACAUGGAGGUACAAAACUCCCCACAGAGUGGCAUUUGUUGAAAAAUUAACCAAGCUUGUGUUAAGUCAGCUGCCUAACUUCUGGAAACUCUGGAUUUCGUAUGUUAAUGGAAGUCUUUUCAGUGAGACUGCUGAGAAGUCAGGCCAGAUCGAAAGAUCAAAGAAUGUAAGGCAGAGACAAAAUGAUUUCAAGAAAAUGAUUCAGGAAGUAAUGCACUCCCUGGUGAAGCUGAUCCGGGGAGCCCUGCUCCCACUCAGCCUCAGAGAGGGUGAUGGAAGGCAAUACGGAGGCUGGGAGGUGCAGGCAGAGCUCUCGGGGCAGUGGCUUGCACAUGUUAUCCAGACCAUAAGGCUGACUUAUGAAUCACUGACUGCCCUGGAAAUUCCCAAUGACAUGUUACAGAUUAUCCAGGACCUAAUUUUGGACCUCCGUAUACGUUGUAUAAUGGUGACAUUACAACAUACAGCAGAAGAAAUAAAGAGAUUGGCUGAAAAAGAAGAUUGGAUUGUUGAUAAUGAAGGACUGACUUCCCUACCAUGUCAGUUUGAACAGAGCAUCGUGCACUCCCUACAGUCACUGAAGGGCGUUGUUGAAUGUAAGCCUGGAGAAGCCAGCGUAUUUCAACAGCCUAAAACGCAGGAGGAGGUUUGCCAACUAAGCAUCAAUAUCAUGCAGGUUUUUAUAUACUGUCUGGAACAACUGAGCACCAAGCCUGAUGCAGACAUAGAUACUACUCAUCUUUCUGUUGAUGUUUCUUCUCCUGAUUUGUUUGGAAGCAUCCAUGAAGACUUCAGUUUGACUUCAGAGCAGCGGCUUUUGAUAGUCCUGAGCAAUUGCUGCUAUUUAGAACGUCACACCUUCCUAAACAUAGCAGAACAUUUUGAAAAGCACAACUUCCAAGGAAUAGAAAAAAUAACACAGGUUAGCAUGGCAUCACUGAAAGAACUAGACCAACGACUCUUUGAAAAUUACAUUGAGCUAAAAGCAGAUCCUAUUGUCGGAUCCUUGGAACCUGGGAUAUAUGCAGGCUAUUUUGACUGGAAAGACUGCCUGCCUCCAGCAGGUGUCAGAAACUAUUUAAAAGAAGCAUUGGUGAAUAUGAUUGCUGUGCAUGCAGAGGUGUUCACUAUUUCCAAAGAACUGGUGCCACGGGUCCUGGCCAGGGUGGUCGAAGCAGUCUCCGAAGAGCUGAGCCGGCUGAUGCAGUGUGUCUCAUCCUUCAGCAGAAAUGGAGCACUGCAGGCGAGACUUGAAAUCUGUGCUCUGAGAGACACUGUAGCCAUUUACCUGACCCCGGAAAGCAGGUCUAGUUUUAAACAGGCCCUGGAAGCCCUGCCUCAGCUUGCAAGUGGCGCGGACAAAAAGUUACUAGAGGAGCUUCUCAACAAGUUCAAGAGCAGUAUGCACUUGCAGCUCACCUGUUUCCAAGCUGCGUCUCCAACCAUGAUGAAAACAUAGUGGCCUGUGGAGGAAGAGCAUCCAGAGACAGCAAGUGGGAGACCGUCCGUCCUCUUCCUGUGCCAGAGGGAUAGCCCGUGCCCAAACCCUCACGGUGUUUAACUUCUCUCUUUUCCCCGAGAAAAAGAUGUUGGUGGGUAUUUCACUUCAGCCUGUUUAAAUACCCCUAUUUUAAAUGUACAUAUAGACAAGUUUUGUUGUUACUAGCUUUGGUCCUGUAAGGCUGCAUAGCAUACUCUUCAAAAUGGGUUUUCUUUGCUAAAUGUUGCAUGGUGUGAGCUUCAGGGUCUUCUCCAGAAUGUUCUGGAGUGGCCCGUGGUGUGUGUGAAUAUGCUUCUCAGCACCCCUUCACCGCCAGUGUUGGCAAUCUCCAACCCAGGUGAGGCAUUUGAGAAGAGAUUUAUGGGCAUGGCUUUGGAGCUGUGUCCUAAACCUAAAAAUCAUCAUUUCAUACAAAUGCUUCUAAACCUCCUAAUUUUUUAAAGAAAAAUAUAUAGUCUACAUAUAAUAUUGUUAAAUUUUGGAUAAUUUAAUGUCCAUAAAUGAACUCUGAAUUUUAUAGUCUGACUUUAAUUUUUCUCAGUGCUGAACUGUGAAGUUUCUGCUUCUCACUCGCCCUUAAGUUGAUCUAUCAGUGUGCAGUGGUGUAGUCAGGGCGCACAGGGACCUGCAUGUAGAGGCCUUGUCACACCCACAAGCCCCGUGGAAGCCUUGUGGUCUCCUGGGCAUGGCAGCACUCCUUCCCCCCGACAGGUCACUCCUCCUGCCCUUCCCAACUUGGAAGUGUCCCCUCCACAGCUGGGAAGGUGCUUCUCAUCACAGGCCGUGUUUUGUAAAGAUUGGAGGUGCCCCGGGUCACCACGCAUUAGCAGUGACUCCCUGCUGCCUGGCCUGCACAUGGAUUCAGGUCAUGGUGACCUGCAGGGAGCUCUGUCAGCUCACUCCAUCCUGUCUUCGGCUUCAGUUGUAGUUCGCUUUUCAAAAUGAUCUACGGAUAGUGUAGACUCCUCUCUUUCAGUGGACAGAAUCCUAGUUCAAGUAAUUCCAGAACACAAGUGUGUACACAAUAUGGAUUAUUUGAGGUUAGUAAAUGUAUGUAUGUUUGUUUGUUUGUCACAGUAACUGGAAAUACAAAUUUAAUCUUUGACAAAUGUGCUGAUAAAGCUGAUAAGUAUGUGUAACAUUGUCUUCUUCUCUCGGUACACUAGUAUUAUAUCUAACAUAACCAAACUAAAUUUCAAAACGGAAGUACGGAAUGAUUUGUUAUUUUAAAUACUUAAUAAAGACAGUACACAAAGCCAAUAAUCUUCCUUCUCUAAAAGAUGUUAUUAGUUGAAAUUUUACCUCUAAGUGUCUUUACUUCAACAUUUUUAUUAACUCUGUAAUUGUUUAUAUUUCUAAUUUUAAUAUUCAAAAUAAAUAGUUCAGUUCUCUGUUUUAUU